CAGUCAUCGAGUCACAGAAGUUGAUCGUAUUUCGGAGGCAAUUUACUUUUCCGAUAAUAUACUCGGUAAUGAUUCGUGAGCAGCGUUCAUCGCAACUUCGGGCACCAUCUCCGCCAGGGUCGCACAGUGAAACCGGUGACGCAAUGGAGGUUUCGGCUUGACCCUCAGCCCUCGAUGGGCAGAUGCACGGCAUAAAUAUUGCCAUGUCUACAAUUGUCGAUGUAGCGCAAUGUCCAAGAGGUGUCGUCUACGUAUCAUAAUAACCUCAUAAUGUCCCUGCUGUCACCUGACACUGGCUUGCUGUCAGUAGUAGGCGCCUCUGCUCUCCUCUUCGCCGCCUACAAGACUCUAGACUUCGUCUGGCUGUACCUUCAACCCUCGAGGCUGUACAAAUACCUACGCGCAACUUCCGGAAACCCAGCCUGGGCUAUUGUUACUGGCGCCAGCGAUGGCAUCGGCAAGGCAAUAGCCUUCGAGCUCGCUUCUCAGGGCUUCAACGUAGUGCUGCACGGCCGCAACCCCACCAAGCUCGACGGAGUGAAGGCAGCGCUAUCAAAGGCCCAUCCAGCGCGCUCAUUCCGAAUUUGGUUUGCCGAUGCCACGAAAUGUCACUCCGACAGUGCCUGGCUUGAGAAGGCCGUCCGAUCUUUCGACGAUAUCAACCUAACCGUCCUCGUCAAUAACGUUGGAGGAGGUUCGAACCCAGCUUUCGGCGGUCUAGACCAGUUCCCACCGCAGGAAAUACUAGAUAACCUACACCUGAACGUCACUUUCCCCACCCUCCUCACUUCGGCCCUCAUCCCCCUUCUUGUCAAGAACAGCCCCAGCCUAAUCAUCAAUAUCGGCUCCAUCGCCGACCACGGUCUUCCCCUAGUCUCGGUCUACGGCGCAUCGAAAGCCUUUGGCGAUAUCUUAUCGCAGGCAGUAUGGCGCGAGAUGAUGCUCGAGGGCCGCGAGAUCGAAGUCAUUGUCCACCGUCUCGGCCCUGUUACGGAGACGCAGGGGAAUUCAUCAAGGGCUUCUUUGGGCACACCGUCAGCACGUACUAUUGCCAAGGCAGUGCUUGCGAGGACGGGCUGUGGUAAGAAAUCGGUGGUUUCGUAUUGGUGCCACGGUGUGCAAGAUGCUGCUUUGGGAUUCAUUCCGGUGUCGAUAUUUGACUACGUUGUAACGGGUGUGAUGAAGCGCAUGAGGGCUGAGCAGGAAACAGCAAAGACAAAAUGAGUUGCUGCCCUUAGUAGUUGUAUAGGAAGUAUGCGCUUAGGAGCACCAUCCCAGCCUCGGAAUGGCCACCGAAUGCACCGGACAAAAGGACGUCAAGAACCUCACUAAAUUUUGCAUUAUCUGGACACGGCAGUGAAGAAUGCGGAACCCGCACCUGGUCAGAAAGGAUGACCAGCAGGAAAUGACGUAGCAAGUUCCUGAACUUGAGUUGCCCACUCUUUUGGGCCGUCUAAAUCCUUACAAGCGAUCAAAUCGCACCUCUAUUGUGAAGUCUAAUUAGGGUCAAUGACUAUAUAUGUAUCAAUACCUGAGUAGCUAUUCAAAAUGC